UCCGUUUUUGUAUUCGAAACUUGUGGACACGACGCGAGCUUGUUUUUCUGCGUGUCUCUCUCAGGCGGUGGUACCUCCACAUAUUGCGGUUUGACAUCUUUUUUUUUCCUUUUUCCACAAUGAGAGAAAAUCGUGGAGCCUGUCGGAGCCCGGUUUGUAGCUCUUCUCUGGCGGAUUAUUGUGGAGCGACUGACUGAAUGGAGCUUGAAGCCGUCUCCAACAUUCACUAGUUUGAUAAACUGGUGAAUUUGGGCUGAUAAAUGGAGCGUUCAGUCGGACUACAUGACACUAUGUUCCACGGGGGGUGUCUAUUACCGGAGCCACUGGCCGGAAUUAUACUCUGCGGUGUGAAUAUUUCAGCCUGUUGAUGAUGAACCACUCAGGACUGGAAGAAAGUGUGAGAACCGGAUUGUGGCCCGAGUGUUGAGCUGAAGCGGGCUAAUGCAUCAUUUUUGAAUUAAAAAAUAUUUUUUUGAUGGUUCCGUGGCGGAGGAGGAUGACAAAUGAAUGCUUGAACGCUAAAAAUGGAUAAGACUAUUGUCUGAAGCUGGCGGGAGGGCUUGGGGGGAACUCAUGUGUUUUAGGCCUACUUGAUAACAAGUUGAAGGGGUAAAAUGAUGUGGUACGAAGAGAAAUCUUCCAGCUGAACAAUAACAGAUUUUUCCCCACCACCCCAGGACAAGCAGAUGCUUUGAUUAAACACCUUCAGUUAAGUUCAUGUGAAAAACCAGGAGGAAAGCAGUUUCCUGGUGUUGGAGGUGGUGGUGGGGGACAGACAAUAUAUUAUUCAUGCCUUGUGUUGGAGCAGUUGCUUUGCUCUGGCCUAGAUGAUAUUUAUAUUUAAAAACAUAAAAGUGGAUGCUUAGGAAUAAGUGGACCUUAAACAUUAAAGGAGAGUUGAUGACACGAACUAAGGCCUGGCAGUGAAGCACUUGCACAAAGAGAGAGAGAGAGAGAGGGGGGGAAAAAAGGCUGAAGUGGGUUGAAGCAUGGGCUGUGCUUCAAGUAUUCAUAUCUCUGAUAGGGUGGUCUACCACAGUGGAAAAGAGUCUGAGGAUUCCCACUCACCCCAGCAGACUAACACCACUCAGCAUCAAGGAAAUCCUGCCUCUGGACUACCCCCGAAACCCCCAAGCUGUAAGACCACAUUAACAGAGGUGCAAUUUGGACCAAUGAAGUUAUUUAAAGACCCACUUCAGGUACUUUUAGUUUUUGCCAAAGACGACAGUCAGAGUAAUGGUUUCUGCUGGGCAUGUGAGAAGGCCAACUUCAGGUGCAGCCUGGCACGGACACCCGAGUCGGCUCUUGAGUGCUUCUUGGAGAAGCAUCACGACCUCGUCAUCAUUGACCACAGACAUUCCAGACACUUUGACGCUGAAGCACUAUGCCGGUCAAUUAGAGCGGCCACCUCUUCAGAAAACACUGUGAUAGUCGCUGUUGUGAAAAGGCCUGACAGAGAGGAAGCCUCUGUGAUGCCCCUGAUCAAUGCCGGCUUUAAUAGGAGAUAUGUGGAGAAUGCCAAUAUGAUGGCGUGCUAUAAUGAGCUGCUGCAGCUAGAGUAUGGAGAGGUGCGGGCCCAUGUCAAACUGAGGGCUGGAAAUGCUAUUUUCACAGCUCUAGAACAAAGCCAAGAGGCCAUAGAGAUCACUUCUGAAGAUCAAGUAAUUCAGUAUGUGAAUCCUGCCUAUGAGUCCAUCAUGGGCUACCAACAAGGCGAACUAAUAGGGAAGGAAAUAAUUGAAGUGCCUAAAAGCGAGAAGAAUAAGCCUGAUCUCCUUGAAACUAUAAACUCCUGCAUACGGAAAGGAAAGGAAUGGCAGGGAAUUUAUUAUGCCAAAAAGAAGAAUGGAGACAACAUUCAGCAAAAUGUGAAGAUUACACCUGUAAUUGGACAGGGAGGAAAAAUCAGACACUAUGUGUCUAUCAACAGGCCUUUAAAUGAUAACAAUAAGAGUGAUAAGACCAGUGAACGUGUGCAGGCAGAGUCUCAGACAGACAUCCCAUCCAGUAAGCACAAAGACCGGAGGAAGGGAUCCUUGGAUGUAAGAUCCACGACAUCUCGAGGGAGUGAUGGGAGCUCCCAGCGAAGACACUCAUCUAUGGCACGAAUCCACUCCAUGACAAUAGAAGCUCCCAUCACCAAGGUGAUCAACAUUAUUAAUGCAGCACAGGAAAGCAGUCCUAUGCCUGUGGCAGAGGCCUUGGAUCGUGUACUGGAGAUUCUGAGGACCACUGAGCUCUACUCUCCACAGCUAGGAACAAAGGAUGAAGACCCCCAUACAAAUGACCUUGUAGGAGGGCUAAUGACGGAUGGCUUACGCAGAUUGUCAGGAAAUGAGUAUAUCUUUUCCACAAAACAGCCUCACCAUGUCCCCAGUCACCUGACAACCCCGCUGUCAUUAAAUGACGUCCCACCUCGUAUAGCCCAGACCAUGGAGAAUGAAGACUCUUGGGAUUUUGACAUCUUCAACUUGGAGGCUGCAACCAUGAAACGACCUUUGACCUACUUGGGCUUGAAGAUCUUCUCUCGCUUUGGGGUCUGUGAUUUCCUUAACUGCCCUGAAGCCACUUUACGUUCUUGGCUGCAAGUGAUUGAAGCCAACUACCACUCCAGUAACUCGUACCACAACUCUACUCACGCAGCUGACGUCCUGCAUGCAACUGCAUAUUUUCUCAGCAAGGAGAGGGUUAAACAAAGUUUGGAUCCCAUUGAGGUGGCCGCAUUAAUUGCCGCUACUGUGCACGAUGUGGACCACCCAGGGCCGCACCAACAGCUUUCUGUGCACGCGGGGAGCGAGCUGGCAAUCCUUUACAAUGACACAGCUGUGCUCGAGAGCCACCACGCAGCACUGGCCUUCCAGAUCACCACAAGAGACGAUAAGUGCAACAUCUUCAAGAACAUUGAAAGGACUGAAUAUCGAACCCUUCGGCAGGCCAUCAUUGACAUGGUGCUCGCAACUGAAAUGACCAAACACUUUGAACAUGUCAACAAAUUUGUCAACAGUAUCAACAAGCCAUUGGCUGAUCUGGAGGAGAAUGGGGGAAAUGGUGAAGAGGAUUCUGUCAAAAGCAUUUUGACAUCACCUGAGAAUCGGAUCCUUGUCAAGCGGAUGCUGAUUAAGUGUGCAGAUAUCUCCAACCCAUGUAGGCCUCAGGAGCUCUGUAUAGAAUGGGCUGGACGCAUCUCAGAGGAGUAUUUUGCACAGACAGAUGAGGAGAAGAGACAGAACCUACCGGUGGUUAUGCCUGUGUUUGACAGAAACACGUGUAGCAUCCCAAAGUCCCAGAUAUCCUUCAUAGACUACUUCAUUACAGACAUGUUUGAUGCAUGGGAUGCAUUUGCAGACUUUCCAAACCUUAUGCAGCACUUGGACAACAACUUCAAGUACUGGAAAGGCCUGGAUGAAAGGAAACUGCACAGCCUACGACCGCCUCCAGAGUAGGUGUGGCCGCAUUCAGCCCCAGGACUCGACUCGACUCCUCUCUACUGCUGCGGUGUCUCUCUCCCCCUGACAGCUGAUCCAGCCAGGAGCCUCCUCGUCUUCACUGUCCUGCUUUUGUAGCACACCGAGCGUCCACAUGUCCGUCCAUCCAGUCAGCACAGAAGGACUUCCCGACAGGCAGUUGCAGCGCCACUGCUGGCUUACGAACCUGUCAUCUGAGAAGUGUGACAGACCUGGACACACAGCAUCCUGAUGAACUCCUCGUGUCUCUCAGGCAUUCGCAGUGUAGCUGGUCAAGUGACAUGAUUGAGACAGGGUCCUUAUGGCAAAGAAUCCAUCCUCUUCUAGCCACAUGGGCUUUCCCGUCUGCUUAUCGGGCUGAUGCUGCUGUCUGAGUACAAACUGCUUGUUUCCAGUGGAGCCAGUAGUGCUUACUGGCUGUGGCAGCAUUGGGGUUUCCAGAGAAACCUCAGGAGUGAGCGGAAGAACGGUGUGGAGAUGAAGGUAUCCAGCCAUAUGAGAUCACCUCUGACCACCCUCCCUCAGCUCACAGCAAACUAGGAGUACUAC